AUGAAUGACAAUGAUAGUCAAAUGAUGGAUAUUGAUCAUGAAGAUUAUGAUGAUGAUCAAGAUUCUAUCUAUAUAUGUAAAUACAUAAAGAAUCAAAGAAAUAUCGAUCAGUGUCUUUGGUUUGCAUUGCGAGAUGAAGAACUACGUCUUGGCACUCUCCUUACGUUGACCAGUAGCAACCUGCGUGCCUGUAUGUCUACGUUUCCUUGGUACUUUCAAUCGGUGAACACUCUAGAGAUCAUCGUUAGCGAUAUCUAUGUCUUUUCAGAGUCGAUAGGAACACUACUUGCAUCACUCGACAGUCGAUCGAGACUAACAAGUCUUGAUCUCUCAAUGACCAACCUCGAACCCGAAGAUAUGACAUUCAUCGUCGACUCGCUAAUCAACAACCAAUCGAAACCACAAUUGAAAAAGUUAAACCUACAAUCAAACCCACUUAAAAACGAAGGAAUAAGUUUAUUGUGUAAACUUUUAGAUCAAUCAAAUUCAAUUCAAGAAUUAAUUUUACAAUGUUGUGAAGCUGAAGAUGGUUUAGAAUUACUUGGUGAUAUCAUAGGUAAAAACAAUCAAAGUUUACAAUAUUUAGAUUGGUCAUAUAAUCCAUCAGAUUAUAAUAAUGUAAUGUCAUUAAGUAGUGGUGUUAGAUUAAAUGAUAUUUUAGAAACACUUUUACUGAGAGGAUGCGAGAUUGAAGGUUCCGGUGCAUACAGUCUUGGUGAUACCGUUGGAGUGAAUCAAACUCUUACGAAACUCGACAUCUCUGAUAACAGAUUUGGUGAUGGUGCAACAACCAAUCUAGCGAAAAAGUUGGCACUGAAUCACUCUUUAACGCACCUCGACAUCUCUGGCAAUGGAUUUACAUGUGAUUCAUUUAAUCAUCUAUUCAGUGCUCUUCAUUCACACCCAACUCUUACCUAUUUAAAUUUAUCAAGAAAUGAUAUAAGUACAUUGGAUUUAAUCAAUUUAACCGAUAUCUUUCAAUCAAACAAGAAACUAGAUACACUCGUAAUGAAUGAUUAUAAUCAUUUCUCAAAUAUACAUCCACUUAUAGAUAUACUCUCUUUCAAUAGUUCAUUGGAGAGUUUAAAUUUAUUUAGAAACUCAUUAGAAUUAGAAUCUUUGAUAACACUUCUUCAUUUCAUUCUGAAAAUUCCGUUUAGACUGCAAACAACCACUUGUCAACUUUCAAUAGCUCAACAAAUGAAUGUUACAAGAUCAGCACAUAUAUUAAACUAUAUCAAUAUCACGCCAAAAUCAAAACUCUCAUCGGAUAGCUACACUAAACUCAAUACUCUAAUUAAACAAUCACAAUCAAAGAUAACAAUAUUUUUUUAUAACAUGUCACAUAAAAAUAAGAAAGAAGAAGAAAUAAAAUUAGAAUCAGAAUCAGAGACAGAUUCAGAUACAUAUAGAAAGUCCAAAGAAGAAGAAUUUAGAGAUGAACAAAUGAAAUGUAAUAGUGUGGUAUUAAAUAAAAAAAUUUUAAAUUAA